UAUUAAUUGGAUUUUUGAAAGUUGAAUGUUGAAGUUAGUCUGAGUCGAUUGUCGAAAUAGUAGUCAGUAUAAAUAUCAUUAAAUUGAUCAGUUCAGAUUUGUGAGGAUGAUAUAAUUUUUUUGAAUCAAUGUAAAUAUACUAAAUACAUAUAGAGAUCUUUAAGCAUUAUGUUAUAAAACCUAAUUGAAAGGAAACAUAAAAAAUGCUAUCAUCAAAAUUGCAAAGACAGUUUUUACUUUCAAUUUUUAGUAAGCAAUCGAGGAAUGGAGGCAGAAAUUAUGCAACGACGAAACGGUUUUACAAACGUGCCGAUAUAGUACAAAACGAAAACAAAUGGGAGGUUACCUUAGAUCAUCGGAGGUUAAAAACUCCCAACGGUCUGGUUUUUAAUGUUAAUACAGAAGGCCUAGCUAGAGCAAUCGCUGCAGAGUGGGAUGCACAGCAUGACGACAUCUCUCAACCUUCAAUGCAUCUGACAGCUCUAUGCAACACCGCAUUGGACAAUCCAGGAAAACUCAACAAACAUGACAUAGCUAUCCAUCUACUUGAAUAUAUAGCUACAGAUACUGUCCUCUUCUUCUCUGAUGAGGAAGAAGAGUUAAAACUUCUACAGGAAGAAAAGUGGGGCCCAGUUUUAGAAUGGUUUGAAAAGAGGUUUAAUAUUAAGCAGGAAGUUUCAAGGGAUUUCCAGCCUCCUCCUGUCACUACAGAAACAAAAGCAGUGUUAGCCAGACAUUUUCUUUCAUAUGACUUUCCAGCAUUGAAUGCUAUGAAUUUUGGAAUAGAAGCUUUAAAGUCUCCAAUAUUAAUGUUGGCCUGUGUGGAUAGAUUUUUACAACCGAAGGAAGCUGUAAUGCUAGCGAGAUUAGAAGAAGAAUACCAGCUUCAACGAUGGGGUCGUGUUCCAUGGGCUCAUGAGUUAAACCAAGUAGAACUGACAUCUCGAGUGGCAGCGUCACUUCUUAUCAUACAGAAUUCAACAGAAUUACACACAGAAAAGGCUAAAAAGAAAGCAGAGGAAUCAUGAUAGUGAAUUUGUUUUUAUCAUAGUGACAGUACACCUAGUCGAGAUACACUUAAUAAAAUUUAUUAACAUUUAAUGUUAAUAAGUGCAGAUGCGCCAAGUCCGCAAAAGAUUCAUGUAGAAUAUUUGUAGAAAUCGAUGUAAAAUAAAUAUGUUAUGCGUAAAAGUUU